GGCCGAUCUCAGCCAGUAGAUACAAGACAUGGUCUUGCCACCAAACUGGCAGACUGAGUGUAUAGAAAAGUUGAUGGCGAUUAGGAAGACCGGCGCUGUGCAAGCUUACACAGAUAAGUUUCAAGAGCUUUUGCUUGAUGUACCGAACAUGCAAGAAAACGAGGAUGUAGCUAUAUCCAUCAAGGGACAUGACGACCAGUUGAAGAUGGAGGUACGCUUGAAGUUAACUAAUGAAGACGGCUUAGUAGAGGCAAUGAAAAUUGCAGACAUUGUAGCUUCGAUUAUUCAGAAGUCAUCUGGUGCACGUGACAAGGCAGAGGAAUCGAGUCAGGGCACAGAUGGGAAUAGCAGCAAAGACAAGUGCAACAUGUGUGGGAGGGCUGGCCAUUUUGCAAAGGACUGUUAGUUUGACGGAGAGUGCCUAAAAGUGUGGUAAGAAAAUUCACAUGGCAACUGUAUGCAAGCACGCAUAACGGGACGGGCUAAUCGUACGACGGCUAGGAGAUAGUAAAAGACUCUGGCGAGAAGAGUUGUUAAUUGACGGUCGUACAGUAUCGGCCAUAUUAGACAGUGGGGCUGAGGUAAACUUACUACUGUAAGAUUCGGUCUAUUAAGGCGAUAUUGAUGCCUUAGAGUAAAUAAAUGCGUAGGUAAAUUCUAAGUAUCGUGAAAAUAUCAAAGUAAAUAAAUGAAAUGAGACGUUUAGUAAAGUUAGG